AUGGUUCUCGCGGUCGAUCUCCUCAACCCCACCCCCCAGGCCGAGGCCCGUAAGCACAAGCUUAAGACCCUCGUGCCCCAGCCCCGCUCCUUCUUCAUGGACGUUAAGUGCCCCGGUUGCUUCACCAUCACCACCGUCUUCUCGCACGCCCAGACCGUCGUCAUCUGCGCCGGUUGCUCGACCGUCCUCUGCCAGCCCACCGGUGGCAAGGCCCGUCUGACUGAGGGCUGCUCUUUCCGCCGCAAGUAA